AUGAGAAUUCUCCUAUGUGGAUUCACGGUCCUGCCUCCCGACUAUGUCUGCAGUUCCAGGCAGCACAUAUUACAGCUUCCAGGGACAAAUCAGCAAACGAGUGGAUUCCGGCAAAGUCAGCAGCAGCAGCAGCAGCCGCAGCCGCCAUCACAGCAUUUCGGACCACCUCCGGGUACCCGAAUUUCUAUUCUCAGACAGGCAUUUCUCUGGAACACCACCACCACCAGCACCAACAGCAAAAUGCAAGGGAAGCAUCACUUGCUGGCGUUUCUCAAGUCCCUCAACCUUCCAAGCAAUCUCAGCAACUAUGGCAUAACAGCUACUAAUCACAGUUACCUCCUGGUUUUUCAGGGUCUUGACGUUUACAACGUGUGCUAAUUUGGUUUCCUCAGUACAUUCUUUUUUUUUGCCCCCAUCCUUUAGUUGUUCCCUCCCUUGUUUGGAAA